CAGGUGUGGUUGAGUGUCCGUCAGUGAAACUUGGGAAGGUGGCGAUGGCGGUUAGGGACCGUCCUGUGUUGUUCUCGUGAAAGCUCUGAUCAGUGUGUGUGUCUUCUUUGGUCUAAGAGAGUGCAGAGGAACCAGUUUCAAAAUGAAUAUAUUAAAGAGAGGAAUGGUGUUUUUGACAUUCUUUGGCUGCUGUUUCGCUAUAGCUCUGAUGGCUGCAGCGAUGAGCACAAAGUACUGGAUGGAGGCAAAGGCCGUUCAGAAGAGGAUUAAUUCGGAUACCACCUUUGAAAUUCGGCCGAACUCAACCGGCCACAUCCACUUCGGUCUCUUCAAGGGCAAGAAAUCCCUCAACGUCGGCUUCGGGAUGAGAGUUCACCAUUUCGAUGGUGAGUAA